GCUGUACAUUUCGCCACUUGAAGCUCUCUUUAUCUGUCACUCGCUCCCUUUACUCUCUCUCUUUCCCUCAGACCCAACCCGUCGUUAGCGGGAGGAGUCCCACCGGUGGACCUGAGGGACGGAUAGCAGUGUUUCACGAGUUCGGCGGAUCGUUUGACGACUCCAGGGGUCCGAGGUCCGCUGGGGGUGGUUAUCGGGGUCGUCGACUCCGGUACGCGCGAGCGACAUGCUCCCUCCUCAGAGAAUCACGGGCCGAGAGCGGAGAGCAUUUAACUGGCGGACCGCCUCACCAUGGACCACGUGUGUGAGAGUCGCGUGUUGCAGUCGCCUGCGUUUUAUGUGGUUCACUCUGAUGGUCCUGACUGUCCUCUGCGUGGCGCUGCAGAUGCUGGGAGUGGUCCGACAGGCCAGGAGUUCCAAGGUUUUGAAACUUGUGAGUGAACAGCUGGUCAGGAUGCCUGCAGAGAUCCAUAGACCCGUGAAACGCAUAGACUGGGAAAAUCUAGGAAACCUUUGGUCUGUCUCAGCAGCGAUUGUUGAGGAACCAGUCGACCAGCAUUAUUUCAUACAGAAAAUAGGCGAGAGCGUAAACCCUCAUUUAGAAGAGGAAAGGGACCAGGUCUUGGAGGUUGCAAGAAAAAAGCUUACCAGCAUUACCAAAGCAGUUCCACCAAUAGAGCUGAACAAACUCUUGUUUGACCAAGAAGUGGCUAAACCAUUUCAGCACCAGCCAGUUAUCGACGAAAAUGACCCUGAAAUUCAAAAACCACCACGCUCUGAUAACGAUACUGAUAAAUAUACAUUAAAAUCAGAAGCUGUCAGGUGUCAACCCAAAAACCACAUUGUCUUCCUCAAGACGCACAAGACUGCCAGCAGCACCAUAUUGAACAUUCUCUAUCGUUACGGGGACAGCCAUAACUUGACGUUUGCCUUGCCGCUGAACAUGCACAGCCAGUUAUUUUACCCAACAUUCUUUGCAGCACACUUUGUGGAGGGUGUCAGGACUCGCAGCGUGAAAGAGUUCCACAUCCUGUGCAAUCAUAUGAGAUUCAGCUCACAAGAGGUGAGGAAGUUGAUGCCUAAGGACACAUUCUACUUCUCCAUUCUUCGGAAUCCGGUGGCGAUGAUGGAAUCCCUGUUCGUUUACUACAAAGCGAUCCCGGCAUUCCGUGUUGUCAAAAGCCUUGAGGAGUUCCUGAUCCAGGGUGGGCGGAGCUACAACACCUCUGUGCCUAACAACCACUAUGCACGUAACAUUUUGACCUUUGACUUCGGUCUGGAUAAUACAGCGCCCGAGAACGACACCGAUCUGGACAGGCGUAGCGCCGAGGUCAUCACUGCCGUGGAACGCGACUUUCCGCUGAUCCUCAUCUCGGAGUAUUUCGAUGAAUCACUGGUGCUUCUAAAGCACACCCUCUGCUGGUCACUGGAUGAUAUCUCGUCUUUCCGCCUCAACAGUCGCAGUGAGCGCUCUCGCCGACCCUUAAGUGCAGAGACCGCAGAGCGGGUAAAACAGUGGAAUUCGCUAGACUGGCGAUUGUACCAGCACUUUAAUGCCACUUUCUGGAAACGGAUAGACUCCACACUCGGACGGACGACGCUCCAACGGGAAGUAGAGCUUCUGAGGGCAAAGAGGAUGAAGCUUGAGCAAAUGUGUUUACAGGGUGGAGGGGCGGUUGAUCCUGCGCAGGUCAAGGAUUCAUCAUUAAAGCCGUUUCAAUAUGGUGCAGCAGUUAUUCAAGGUUAUAACCUCCGACUGGGGUUGAAUAAUGACACUUUUGGGCUUUGUCAGAGGUUGAUUACGCCUGAACUGCAGUACACAUCAGCCUUGUACACCAAACAGUUCCCUCAGCUGGCGGCCGCACGUGUCGCUGCCGCAAAAAAGAUUGCGGCCUCCAGAAACUUUGCAACGCACAGAGCUGUUAAACGCAAUAUUGAGACAAAUGUGCACAUAGCAGUGACAAACAAUACCUCGCAUAACAAUACAAAUACAGCCAUUGCGGAUGAACAUGGCUUACGCGUUUUGCGUAAUUCUGUUGUUCAUCGUGAGAGACAAGGCAGUUUUGAAGUACACAGUGUAACCAAACAUCAUAGGAAUAAAGAAAUAAAAGGAAACUCGGAUAAACGCACCACACAAAAACCCGUCAUGAACUCAAAACAUACAUAA